ACAGUUGGAAAAAUGGAACUACGUACCCAAAAUCCAAUAUGGCUGCACUGGGCUGCACACAGCUGUACAUGGCCAUCACCAGCCACCACCACACAUAGCUGCUCAGUUAUUUUCUUUGGAAAAUUCAGGAAAGAAAUGGAGAAAAAUAAAAAUUCAGGAAAAUGGUGUUGUGUGCCAGACUGCAAGUGAGUGAAAGGGGACAAUAUUUCCCUACACUAUUUUCCAAAAGACAAGGAUUUAAGAAAAAAAUGGACAAUAGCUUGCAAAAUUGGGAAACCAGUGACACCCUACAUGCAAGUAUGCGGCAGACACUUCUCAGACUAUCACUUUGCAGGAGGUGCACAUGCAAAGGUACGGCGUUUAAAAACGUCCAUAGCUGUUCCUACAUUAUUUUUACCUCGUAGGCCACUGGAUCGAAUACCUACAGAUAAACAAAAAAAAGAAACCGAAGAACGAGCUGAAAGAUUGAACCGACGUCAAUGUAGAUCAAGUGAUAUGUCAACAGAGGCAUUAGAAAUGAGAAAAUCUGUAGAAAAUGAUGCUCCUGUAGUAAUGCAUGAACAAUCAUGCUGUUCAAAUGAUGCCGAUGAUUCCAUCAGUGAUGAAGAAAUGACGAAGAAUGACGAAGAAAGGGAAAACAUUAACCCAGAAGUGGAAGCGGCAAAUGUCCUUAUGGAAUUACAGUUUGCAGCGUUAAAUGCCUCAGCGGAGACUAAAAUCAUGCUCGAAAAAGGAAGCACAGUAAUUAAAUCUGUUACUGGUAAUAAAGUAACUCUAUCGUCUCUCAUUAAAAGUGAUGAAGAUUUAGUUGCUUUCACUGGGAUUCAAUUAUCACUUUUGUCUGCCAUUUAUUGGUCACAAAAAGACGAGAUUUUACAAAAUAUGCCGAAAUGUUUUGCUGAAUUCAAACAAACCAGAUUAGUUUUAGAUUGCACUGAAAUUUUUGUCGAAAGACCUACCUGCUUAAAAUGUCGACUUAGGUUAUAUUCCCAUUACAAGGGCUCCGAAACAAUAAAAUUAUUGUUAGGGGUUACUCCGUCUGGAUUGAUUUCCUUUUUAAGUGAGGUGUAUGGUGGCCGAGCUUCUGAUAAGGCUAUUUUUAAUCAAAUAGAAUUAUUAAGUAGGUUAAUUCCAAAUGUUGAUGCGAUUAUAGUUGACAAGGGUUUCUUAAUUGAUGUGGAAUGUGCUGAACACCAUAUCGAAUUGAUAGUACCUCCAAGACUGGGAAAAAAUAAGCAGCUUAGCGAGGAAAAUGUUGUAAAAACGAGAAAAAUUGCAGCUGCUCGUGUACAUGUGAAAAGAGCAAUUCAGCGAAUAAAACUAUUUAGAAUUUUAAAAAGUAAGCUGUCUUGGUCGAUGGUAGGGCAUAUUGAUAAGACAUGUACAAUUAUUGUAGCACUAGUUAACUUAAGGGGUAUGGACAGUGUGAAGGCCUAAAAAAUCGGAGGUUCUUUGGAAUUUUUAUUCUUAAAUAUAACAAAGUCA